UUGCAAAAAGUUUUAUGGGUUCAAUGAAUUCAAACAACUGGCUUUCCUUUCCUCUCUCACCCACUCAUUCUUCUAUACCACCGACUCUGCAUGCCUCUCAGUCCCACCAUUUCUCUCUAGGGUUACUAAAUGAUACCAUGGAUAACCCUUUCCAAAACCAAGAGUGGAAUUUGAUGAACGCUCACGGGGGCGGUGACGUUCCAAAGGUGGCAGACUUUCUCGGAGUGAGCAGCAAAUCUGAUCAGAGCCAGUCAGAUCUUGUUUCUUACAAUGAAAUCCAGGGAAACGAAAAUGAUCAUCACUACCUAUUUUCAACCAACAGUUUGGUACCACUUCCAUUGCAAGAGACAUUGGGGAACAACAGCACCCCACCUAGUUCCUAUGAAUUCCAGGAAAGUUCUAGUAAUUUGCAGUCUUUGACAUUGUCUAUGGGCAGUGGGAGCAAAGGGUUGACAAGCGAAACUGGUGUCGAAAACAGUACUAAUAGUAGUACUAAUUCUAUUGUUGAAGCUGCCCCUAGAAGGACAUUGGAUACAUUUGGGCAAAGAACUUCUAUAUAUAGAGGUGUAACUAGGCAUAGAUGGACAGGAAGGUAUGAAGCUCAUCUCUGGGAUAACAGUUGUAGAAGGGAAGGACAAUCAAGGAAAGGUCGCCAAGUCUAUUUGGGUGGGUAUGAUAAAGAAGAUAAAGCAGCUAGGGCUUAUGAUCUGGCUGCACUGAAGUACUGGGGGACAUCUACCACUACCAACUUCCCUAUCAGUAACUACGAGAAGGAAGUUGAGGAGAUGAAACACAUGACAAGGCAAGAAUUUGUGGCCUCAAUUAGAAGGAAGAGUAGUGGCUUUUCUAGGGGUGCAUCGAUGUAUCGUGGAGUUACAAGGCAUCACCAGCAUGGAAGAUGGCAAGCGAGGAUCGGAAGGGUGGCAGGGAACAAAGACCUCUACUUGGGAACCUUCAGCACGGAGGAGGAAGCCGCAGAAGCAUACGACAUAGCGGCGAUAAAGUUCCGAGGCCUAAACGCCGUCACAAACUUCGACAUGAACCGCUACGAUGUCAAGGCAAUCCUCGAAAGCAACACGUUGCCAAUCGGAGGCGGAGCCGCCAAGAGAUUGAAAGAAGCCCAAGCCAUCGAAUCGUCGCGAAAACGCGAAGAAAUGAUGGCUCUAACCACAAACUUCCAAAACUACCCCUUGCUACUUCACCAGCAGCAGGCAUAUGAGCAACCUCAGCCUUUGCUCUCUCUACAAAACCAUGAGAUUUCUCCGUACGGAAAUGACCCCGCGUUUCAGCAUAAUUACAUUCAGACCCAGCUGCAGUUGAACCAGAGUACCCAGUUCUAUAAUGGGUAUUUUCAGGGGAAUCCGAGUUUGUUUCAUGGGUUGAUGGGUGUGGGUGGAUCCUCAUCUUCGGUUAUGGAGAAUAAUGGGAGCUCAAGUGGGAGUUAUGGUGGAGGGUAUUUUGGUAACAAUGGUCUUGGAAUGGGUUUGAGCUCGAAUUCAGGUACUAGUGUUGGCGGGUCGGGUCAUGAGGAACUUGCUCUGGUUAAGGUGGAUUAUGAUAUGCCGUCGAGCGGGUAUGGAGGAUGGGCCGGGGAUUCGGGUCAGGGGCCCAAUAAUGCUAGUGUUUUUUCAAUGUGGAAUGACUGAAGAGGGAGGAGGAAAGAGAGAAAAAUUACUAGGUGGUCCUGGGGCACUGCUGCGGGAUGCCUCAAUCCCGUU